AUGCCGCUCUUUGCUGUGGAGGGCUUUGUUGAACUUUUCACAUUCAGGGGUUCUUUAUUUAAAAUUUUGUCUCUCACUGCCAUUUUUCCCUCCCAGACUGAGAAUAUAGAGGUCACACUUCCUUUAGAGGACCAUUUGGAAGGAAAAGUUGGUGUUAAGACCUACAACGAUUACUUCACAGCCGGUGCUCAAUGGUUUAGCCUCAUUUUCCUUAUUUUAGCGAACAUCGCAGCUCAGGUUGCCUACGUCCUGCAGGACUGGUGGCUUGCAUACUGGGCGAAUUUACAAAGUGCCCUGUAUUUUGGGGCAUAUGAAAGAGGAGAGACAGUUGUGAUGCUUGAUCUGAACUGGUAUUUAGGCACCUAUUCAGGGUUAACUAUAUCUACCAUCCUUUUUGGCAUCACAAGGUCUCUGUUGAUAUUCUACAUCCUUGUUAAUUCUUCACAAACUUUGCAUAACAAAAUGUUGAGGUCCAUUUUGAGAGCUCCAGUAUUGUUCUUCUAUAGAAAUCCAAUAGGAAGGAUUUUAAAUCGCUUCUCAAAAGACAUUGGGCAUAUGGAUGACUUGCUGCCCCUGAUAUUUCAAGAUUUCAUCCAGACAUUUCUUCUUGUUGUUGGUGUGGUGGGCGUGAUGGUGGCUGCGAUUCCUUGGACUGCUAUACCUGUGAUUCCCCUUGGCAUCAUUUUCUUUGUCCUCCGGUGGUAUUUCUUAAGGACGUCACGAGAGGUGAAACGCCUGGAAUGUACAACUCGGAGCCCAGUGUUUUCCCACUUAGCAUCUUCUCUGCGGGGACUCUGGACCAUCCGGGCAUACAAAGCUGAACAGAGGUUUCAGGAGCUGUUCGACACAUAUCAGGAUUUGCACUCAGAGGCUUGGUUCCUGCUUUUGACGACAUCCCGAUGGCUCGCUGUGUAUCUAGAUGUCAUCUGUGCCAUCUCUGUCACCGUUGUUGCCUUUGGGGCUCUGAUUCUGGUAGAAACUUUGGAUCUCGGGCAGGUUGGCCUGGUGCUGUCUCUCACAUUCACACUCACGAGGAUGUUCCAGUGGUGCGUCAGGCAAAGCGCCGAAGUGGAGAAUAUGAUGAUUUCAGUAGAAAGGGGGAUUGAGUAUACAGACCUUGAGAAAGAAGCACCCUGGGAACUUGAGAAUCGUCCACCGCCAUCCUGGCCCCAUGGAGGAGAGAUUGACUUUUAUUAUAUUAACUUCAGGUACAGCUUGGAUAGGCCUCUGGUACUGAAGAACCUGAGAGUACCCACUGUCCCAAGAGAAAAGCUUGGCAUUGUAGGAAGAACAGGGGCUGGAAAAAGUUCCCUCAUCGCUGCCCUUUUUAGACUGUCAGAACCUGAAGGUGGUGUUUGGAUUGAUGAAAUCAGGACAAGAGAUAUUGGACUUCAUGAUUUAAGGAAGAAAAUGUCAGUUGCACUUCAGGAAGAACAGGGGCUGGAAAAAGUUCCCUCAUCGGCUGCCCUUUUUAGACUGUCAGAACCUAAAGGUGGUGUUUGGAUUGAUGAAAUCAGGACAAGAGAUAUUGGACUUCAUGAUUUAAGGAAGAAAAUGUCAGUUGCACUUCAGGAACCUGUUUUAUUCACUGGAACAAUGAGGAAAAAUCUGGAUCCCUAUAAUGAGUAUUUGGAGGAGGAACUGUGGAAUGUCUUAGAAGAGGUACAACUUAAAGAAGCCAUCAAAGCUCUUCCUAGUGGAUUGAAUACUGAAUUAGCAGAAUCAGGAUUCAACUUGAGUAUUGGACAGAGACAACUAGUGUGCCUUGCCAGGGCUGUUCUCAGGAAAAAUCAGAUAUUGAUUCUUGACAAAGCCACAUCCAAUGUGGAUCCAAGAACUGAUGAGUUAAUACACAAAAAAGUUCGUGAGAAAUUUGCCCAGUGCACUGUGCUAACCAUCACACACAAGUUGAGCACCGUUAUUGACUGUGAACGGAUACUGACAGUUUCUGGAAUGUCACCCCCUCCACCUACUUCACAUGCAUUGUCAGAUGGAUCAUCAGUGGGGACACUGAGUAGAUAUCAGGCUGUCAGCAUUGAAGCAGUGCCUGUAGCCUCACUCACUGAGCUGGACAUGCAUAGGAGUGAGCUCCAAGGAGUCCGACGACAGGAGUGGGGCAUCCCCAACCAAAGGGAUGUUCUAGGCUCCAGCAGUGUAGCCAGUUGUCUGGACUAG